UGUUACUUAAGUAAGUUUCAUAUGUUUUAAUUUAUAAUCGUAAAAUGAUCUUAAAAGUUUAGGUUGCCAGGGAAACGACCUAGCGUCCUGGGUCCUAGGGCCUACGCCUAAGCUCUUACUUCUUACUAAUACUAAUUGGAAGCGCCGUAAGUUCGUAAGGCAGUGAGUCACCGGUAAUUUAAUAUUUUAGACGCUCUUAACAUAAUGGCAGAUAACUGUUGCUGUUGUCCAUGUUGCUGCAAAAACACUAAGCAGCCUCAAACUGGCGAAAUGCGUGAGACUUGGUGUGCAGUUGAGAGAAUGAAGGAAGAAGAUUGGUGUCGCAAACAAAGAGCCCACAUACCAAGAUAUCAAGAGGAAAUGAAAAGUGACAUUUUCGGUUUCUGCAUUGACACAAGCCAAAAUGAGCCCAGAUGUACUUUUGAGAAACCCAAACCUCGCCACACUGAAAGGAGACAUUUCUGCAAAAUUCACAGUUAGUAAUGUCAUAAAUAUUUAUAUGCAUAGUUUUGUGUUGUUGUUUGUCAGCAAAUGCGAAGAUGACCAAGGCUAUAUUACAAGCUGAGUACACAGGUGGCCUGUCGGUCCUAUAUUUGUGCCUAGAAAUUAAAGUGGAAAGCUUUCCAGCACAUGGGACACACAGUGGGGGUCCUAGUGCCCACCAGCUAAGUGUUUCCCACUAGAGAGUUCACCAAUCAUUUGUCGUUUGACAUUCCUGCCCAUCUGGCUUGUCCUUUUUUUUUGUAGGAGCAUGGUUGGAUGCUGAUAAAAUUAGCACAUUGUAAGACCUCUGUAUCAGGAACUCUGUCCUGCCGCCUUAUGUCCAGAAGUUUAUAUAGUCAGUGUAGGUGGAGAUGGUUUGGUUGUCUAGCAUGUCUGCUGCACACUGUCCACAUCUUGCUAACAUAUAGGAGAGAUGUUAAGAUGAUUGCCCUUUAUACUAUCAGCUUAGUGACGAGACUGAGACCCCUUCACUCCCAAACACUCUUGUGGAGUCUCCCAAAUGUAACAUUUGCUUUGGAAAUUUGGUUUUUAUCUCAUCAUCUAUUGUUUUUGAGCUAGAGAGGGUGUUGCCCAAAUAUGAGAAUCUUUCUACUGUUUGGAGAUUCUAUCCCUUCAGUGAUAUUUAAGCUUCUUUGUAAGCUUUUCCUGGAGCUGGCUGGUGCAAGAUGUCUGUUUAUUUGUAUUGAUGGCGAGGCCAUAGUUGUCAUAGGCCUUAGCAAAGUGAUAGAGCAUUUGCUGCAUUUUCAGUUCCGAGCUUACAUUUAGGGCACAUUCAUCAGCAAACAAGAGGUCUCAAAUAACAAUUUCUUUUACUUUCUGUAGUAGAGUGGCAUCUGGAGGGUAGGGUGUGUGUGUUUUUGUUUUGUUUGAUUGACACACUUUUAAAGACCCUGCUGGUAGCGCCAAAAACUGUAGCUGAGUGGUGUGUGAGACUGACAGUUUGACUAACAUGUUUAAUAUGUAGAAACUUGAGAAAAUCAGGUCUUGAGGACUCUAGCUUUAUUUAGAUCCAUAAACAAUGCCAAAGAAAAAUCUAAAGAAAAAGUCUAAAGAAAAUAUCCAGAGAAAAGGCUAGAGAGAAAGGGCAAUGUAUGAAAAGAAAAAAAUAGUACGGGUUAACAAUUUCCUGAUUAACAUUGAAUUAUAAAGUUAACAAUAAACAUGUUACACUGUUUUGUAAAAGCAUGGCCUACAUUGCCAUAUUUUGUAAUAGCUCUUGCAGUCUCCUAAGAUUAAAUAGCUAUCCAUCUGUUCUGUAUCUUAUAGGAAUGCUGUCACUAUUGUUAAGAAAAUUUCUGCUGAGAAUUCCAUGCUAAAAAGUGUUGUGGCUAGAAUGCAGCCAUGUGUUAUGCGCCAUUUGUUACAGGAAAAGUCACAGAAUCAUCUCCAGAAUCCAUCACCCUGCCCAUCAUGCCAUCAUGGAGUUGACAUACUAUUCCUAUAUAUAUACUGUAUUUAAUUUAAAUAACAAUUGCAAUAAUCAAUAUAUAGAGAAAUAAGCACCGGGGCGCCACAAGGCUGCGUUCUCUCCCCUGUACUGUAUACAAUAUAUACCAAUGAUAUUCAAAGCUCAAGCGACACCUUUCCAAUCUUAAAAUUUGCUGAUGAUACCACCAUCUUUGGCUUAAUAUCUGAAUGAGAAGGCUUAUACCAAAACUUAGUUACAAGCUUUAUCAAUAGGUGCAAUGAAAAUCAUCUCCAGCUGAAUGUCUAAAAAAAAAAGGAAAUGGUUGUUGAUUUCAGGAGGGGGAAACACCAGAUAACAGAUCUCAGCAUAAAAAAUCAAAGCAUAGAGAAAGUAGAGGCAUAUAAGUACUUAGGCAUCACCAUUAAUAAUAAGCUAACAUGGCAUGAGCAAGGUCAAAUGCUGUAUGAGAAAUUGUUUACCUCAAAAAAACUGUACAAUUUUGGGGUAAAUAAGCGAGUCAUUAACUUAUUCUACAGUGCAAAAAUUGGAAGCCUACUUAAUUUCAGUAUUACCUGCUGGUGUGGGAAUUCAACAUCUGAUAUUAAAUACCGCAUAAACCGACUAAUCAAGAAAGCUAGAAACAUAACACAAACUUAACAUCCUUCACUUGAAGAACUAUUUGAAGAAAGAUGUUUUUGAAAAACUAAACACAUUUUGGAUGAUACAUCCCACCCUCUUCAUCCUAGAUACUUAGGAUCGGGCCGUUCGGGACGAAUUCUUUCCAUCAUGGCGAGGACUGACCGAUAUAAAAAAUUCUUUUGUUCCCCAAUCUGUACGAAUUUACUAGCGUGCUCCCCCUGAAGUCACAAAUCUUAAUGAGAACUAAUAAGUCCCUGAUAUGGCUAAGAGAACUCACGGAAUGGCUGCUAGUGCAAAAUUUAUUACAAAUGUCUUGUUUCAAAUUGUUUUUUAUAUGUGCUGAAAAUGUACAAUGCAAUCAUAAAACAUUUCCAUUUGUUUGGAUCAAUAAAAGAAUCUUAUCUUAUCUAAUCUUAUCUUAACUAUGAUAUAUAUAUUUUACUUUUUGUUUUUGUGAGCCACCGUCUUUUAUUUAUUUUGAUUCUAACACAUUAAACACUGUCAGGUGUCAGAUUCUCUGCAUAUUGUUGGCUUAAGAAUUCAUAAUAUACAUGAAAUUUUAAGAACACAAUAUUUGACAACUUGAAUACCAAUACAAGACAAAAGAAUGUUGUGGCUGGUGUGAAAGCCUUCAUCAGCAAAUACUAAAAAAAAACAACAAAAGAAUAAGAAAAUCAGAACUUAGCUUGCUACUAAAAAAUUCUGGACAUAAAGUGUUAAAAUCCAACUGGAAAACGUUACUAAGGAACUAUGUAAUACAAUUACUUUUACAGUCUCCCGAUUGUCUUCUAUUGUUAUUCAAACCGUCACAUGAUCUUAUUAUUUCAUUCAAACAACUUCUGCACAGUCUCUACUAAAUGAGGAUUCUCUGCAUGUUAUGGUCCCUCACCACACAAACCAGCCCAUCAAUUAUGUUGAACAUCCUUUCAAUUUUAUUCAUGGUAAAAAAUAAAAAAUUGAAUUUACAUCCUUUGUAGUAAACAUCUUUAUUGUUUGCUAAUUACGAAGACUGGUUUCGACUAUUUCAAAUUUAUUUAAACAUUACACUAAUUUGCGGUUGGCAGUUAAUUUCUACUAUCUUUCAAAUGCAAAGCAGACAGCUUUUAAACUUAUUCUCAUUUUACUUUACAGAUUCUUCUCAACUGAACCUGUGAUCCCAUUGUGAGAUGCUCAAAGCAACAAGAUAGUCUUGGGUCUUCUUUAAACUUAGCAUUAUCUGUAACAGGCUAUGAGAAUAAUCUUCAUUUGCAGUAUUAUAAAAUCAGUAUUACUAUUACCAGUUAUUUAAAAUUAUGUUUCCCAAACAUAAUGCUAUGGUUCCUACUUAUCUAUGUUUUUUAAUCUUUAUAAUUUACACUAAACAUAAUGAGGUAAAUGAGAGUUGAUUUUCUUUUUUAUUGGGUAAAUGAAGUAAAAAUUAAGUAAAAAUGUCUAACUCAUCCAUUGUAAAAUAAAUAAUAUAGUAACAAGAUCAUCUGAACAACUAUUGCAUUGAAGAAAAUUUAAACAUUUAUAUUCUUAUAACAUUAAUAGAUUUAAAUGUGUCCAAUAAAAAUGGUAUUUAUACCUACUGGGAAUGAUAAGAGUUUUAAAAAGGUUUUUUGAUGUGGCUGUAUGUCAAAUGCAUGAUUUAGUAAAAUAGGCACCUGUAUAUGGGCCAAUAGCUCUUUGAUUGUUCUAUGCCUAAGGUCAAAUGAUACAAAAUGUAUUAACCAUCAGAAAUAAGCUAUUUCCAUUUGAUCUGUUAGGAAAUGUAAACAGAAAGUCAUAAUUAUUUAUUUAGAUUCAAAUAUAGAAACAAUAAGGAGGUGAGCUUGAUGUUAAUCAAUUAUGAAACAAAUUAUAAGAGCAACAAAUCUGCUAAAACCACAGAUUUCAUAAAAUAUUGUUAUUCUGUUUCCAUAACUAUAAUUAUAAUCAUGAAAUAAUUGUAACUUAAUAUUAUUAAUUUUUAUAUAAACUGAGAUUUACAUUCUCUGUUAAAGAUAGUCCUAAACUUCCUCUUUAAAAGUUAAAUCUUGACUAGCUUAUGAAGUUAUAUUUACUUUAACAUGAGCAAUUUUAGUUAGUUGGCAUGACCUACCACAAGUAUAAGUGGUUGUUUAAUAUCACUUUACAAUACACAAAAUAUACAGCUGAAAUUUGGAAUUUCGCUACUUUUUUAAUCUUUCAGAUUUUGGCAGUUUUAUGUGCUUAAAGUAUGAUAAAGCUCAAUUUGUGUUUGAAUGAUUAUGUCUGACACUUUUAAUUGAAAUAAAAGGUUCUAUACACA